AUGGGAGGUCAUGGAGGAUUGAAUAUACUUCCUUAAAAAAAGUGGAAUGUGUACAAUAUGGAGAAUAGGAAUAUAGUUGAAAGAGAUAAAAGAAAAGAAAGAGAGAGAAUUUAAAAGGAAUAAAGAAGAGAACAUAAAGAAUAAGCAGGAAAUAGAAUAUAGAAGCUUAAAUAAUAAAGAAGAGCUGCUUCUCAUACUCCAAGUAGAAGUGUUAGUGAAAGUAAUAGCAGAAGUAGAAGUAGAAGUCAAAGCUAAAAGAAAUAAGGCUCAUCAAAAAUAAGUAAGAUUUAAUUAUGAUAAUUUAGAUAAUGAAUUAAGAGAAAUAUUGGAGGCAAAAUAACAUAUAAACUUGUUUAAAGAAGAAGAAUAAUAUUUGUUAUAGAAAGAAAAUAAUUAAGCUAAAAUAGAAUUAGAGAAGGAGUUUUUUAAAGACAAACCAUUUGAUUUGAGUACUAAAUUUUUAGGAUAAUAUGAAUAAACAAAACCAUGGUAUAUUUAAUAGAGGUAAGAUUAACAUUAAACUUAAUUAUAAUAAAAGGUUAAGUAAUAAUUAUAACAUUUUAAAGAAAAAUAAGAUAAUUAUUAUCAAAUUUUAGAUUUAAGUAAAAAAUACUAAGAAGAAACUUUGAUUUCAUAAAUUGAGACUAAAAAAGAAGAAGAAACAAUUAAGAGAGAAGAAUAAUAAGAUCCAGCUGCUAUAAAAGAAGAGAAAAGAAGAUAAAAGAAAUUACAAAAACUUGGAUAAUAAUUGUAAGAAUUAUUAGGCAGUGAUGAUUCAGAAUUAGAAAAAAAAAGAUAAAAAUCAAAAUAAAAUGAAAGAGAAAAAUUAAGAAAAGAAAGAUUGUAAAGAGAGAAGGUAGAAAGAUCUAGAGAAUAAAAGCUUUUAUCAACUAUUUAUGAAUUCAAAUAAAAAUGA